AUGUCGCGUAAUAUAACAUCCGCUUGUAUAGAUCAAGCUAAAGAUUACAAUGUUCCGUUUGGCAUUUCUUGGAUUACUCUAAGCACGUUAGUCAUCGCUCAAAGUGUACUCAUACUUUUUAUAAUCUGGCGUACUCCAAACCUCCACACGAACACAAAUAUCUUCAUUGUAUCCGUCACAGUAGCUGACAUAUUGUACGCUGCUUCCUGUGGAAUCAAUGCGAUAUUAAACAGAGUGUUUUUCCAACACAUCGUCACCGACGGUAUCUUAAUGGAUACAUUCACAAUGGGAGUUACUUAUUCCACUCUGAUGUUAUCCAUAAACCAGAUGGGAGUUAUCGCCGCUGAUC